AUGGCUACAUUCAAGUACAGAAGCGAAGCUCUGGUGAUGUGCCCCUUCAACCCAGCACAUCAAGUGAAAUGUGGCCGCCUUCAGAUUCACAUCACAAAGUGCCGGAAGCACCUGGUUCCCGCCAGCGAACUCAUGCACCAUAUGAACACCUGCCCCAUGAAGAGCACGGUCGUCAGAUACAUCACGGAGAGUCCCGCUUGCAGAGGAGACCUGUCAGUUCCUCCGUAUAACUCGCCAGAGCUACAACCAGAAGAAAACUGGGACGCAGAAACCGAUGUGGUCGUCCCCCUGGAACACAAGAUUGUCCGUCCGAGCGUGAAACCCGUCUUCCAGAAUGUCCAGAAGAUGACACCCGCCGAACGCAGACAUUUCUAUGCUUCCCUCCACUCGAAUGAAGAUGGCAUGCCAAUACCUAGACAACCAAAAAGUCAGCCAAAGGUUCUUCAGCAGAUGCUCACAACACAGAAAGCAGAUGAUGAUGAUGAGGAUGACGACCUUGGACUACGCAUGAAACUCUUGGGCUUAGGUCGUGGCCGUCGGAUCGGUGACACCACCUCCAUCAACUUCUAGACCACCCUUGUCAAGGUAUUUUGGAAAAUGAUCACAUGAAUAGAUUAUUUGAAAACAAGCCAAGGUGCAUUCACAGUUUUGCAAUUCGUGGUAAACUCUCUGCUCAGGAGUGUGGAGUUGAGCUUAUGAAAGAACAUAUCAUUCUUCCUGAAAAUGAGAUUGUACCAUGGAGGAAAAAAGAAAUUCAAUGCAAUUUCAAGUUAGGAAAGCACAAUAAAAAAUGGCACUCAAGA